AUGGAGACGUCAAUUCUAGAAGUCAAUGAGAUCAAUGUGCUCACCUACAAUUGUUGGGGUCUCAAGUUUCUUGCUGACCUUCGAAAUGAGCGUUUGACAGAGAUUGGAAAAGCCAUUGGGUCUGCGAGUCCUACACCUCACAUAGUUGGUCUGCAGGAGUGUUGGACACAGCAAGACUACAAGAGUAUACGGAAGGAAACGAAACAUAUCUUACCUUAUGGAAAGUUUUAUCACAGUGGCAUAUUUGGAGGCGGUCUGGCAAUACUUUCGAAAUGGCCAAUAGAGGAAAGUUCUAUGUUUAGAUAUCCUCUCAAUGGUAGACCUACAGCAUUUUUCAGGGGCGACUGGUUCGUUGGGAAGGGUGUUGCUGGUGCCAGGAUACGAUAUGGACCAGGUCCAAAAGAUAUCGUGGAAGUCUUUACUACACAUCUCCACGCACCAUACGAAUCAGAACCAAAUGAUUCUUACAUAUGUCAUCGAACGGCACAAGCAUGGGAAAUAGCAAAGCUUAUGAGAGGGGCAGCGGAGCGUGGACAUCUAGUUUUAGGCCUCGGCGACUUCAAUAUGAUACCAUUAUCCCUCGCUCAUCGACUUAUCAGCACCCAUUCGCCCACUCGUGAUGUUUGGAUGGUUCAACAUCCCGAUUGCUCCAUUGGUGCAGCGGUUGACGAAGUCGAGAAAGCUAGACGACGUCCCAUACCGACUGCAGAAUUUAACUUACUCGAGAAUGGUGCCACUUGCGAUAGCGUAUUGAACACAUGGCGAUGGAAUAAAGGGCAACAAAAACGUCUGGGGCCAAAUCGACCAGAGAUUGAUAUUCCGGGAAAUACAUCUGAUCCUCGAGCCAAACGACUAGACUACAUCUUUGCCAAUACAUGUUUCGAUGCCAAUAAUCCAUCCGCAGGAGGAUGGAUUGUGAAAAGUGCACGUGUUGGUAUGCUCCAACGACAUUCGAAAUAUCAAUGUUCAUUGAGUGAUCACUUCUCGGUCGAAACAACAUUGGUACACACUAAAUAUGCUACACCAGCCCAGCAAAUCAUAGAAAAUAAAUCAGCAAUGUCCAACGGUAUCUACCUCCAAACGGCCCCUUCCGAAUCACAGCUCAUAAGCGUGCAUUCUCAACUCAACCCCCCAUCUUCCCCCCCUCACCUCCCAACCUCAACUUACGAUGAAAUCAUCACCAUGAUCCACAAAUACCGGCUCCGAGAGCGUCGCCAACGACGUCUUCGUCUCGGCCAUUUCGUCGCUUCUGUUUUCAUCAGCAUCGGCUGUUUCAUCGCUGUCUGGUGGAGUCCUCGUAAUUUCGUGGCGUUUUUACUCAUGUUAUUAUCGACUUUGGGUCUGGGAGCUGGUAUUGUUGAUGGUUUGAUUGGGGGUCUGUUUGUGGGAAGUGAGAUUAGAGCGUUAAAGGAGUUUGAGUGGGAAAUUUGUAAUGCGAGGGCGGGGGCUAGUGGGGAGCCGCUUGUGCUGGGUGAGGAGGGGAUUUUGGAUUGGUAG